AAAGCAGGAAGCGGAAGCGCCGGAGCUGACGAGGACGGCUUCGCAAACAACAGCUGCGGGAUUUCUCUGCGGGUUUUCCCGCAGACGCGUUUCGACGGGCCGCUGCUCCCGCAGGACGGCUGGCCGCUGACAUGUAGACCCGGCUGGGCGGAUUUGGAGGCUCUUCCUUCCUCCGGGAUGAUGGCGUCGGCGCGGCUCUCCGGUUGUUCCGCCUGAGCGCCUCUCUCUCUGCCCCCCUCUCGCCUCUCUCCUGCCUCCCUCCGCGGCUUCGCCCUCCGGCCGGGGGUCGGUCUCUCAGCUCGGGGAAUGGCGACACAUGGCGCCGGAGCGUUCCCCGACCCGUCUCAGGCUCCUGGGGAGCGAGCCGAGCUGGUGCACUCGUCGUCUAAAGACACCGCCGGGUCUCCCGACGUCUCCGAGUUGGGGAGCCCUCGCUGCACGCCGAACUUUGACCUCCUUAACAUGGUCGUGUCCUAUAAAAGAAUGGCAUUGUUUCUAGAACCAGUUUCUGAUGCGGUGGAGCUGGCGCGCCUCCUGCUCGGAUGGAGGAUGCCUCUCUGCUCUCUGCUUGUCUGCAUAUUCCUCAAUGUCUUCUUCUGCACCAUCAAUGAAGUGGGGUGGUUCACCGUGACGCUGGUGGCAUUAGCAGUGCCUGCUGCCCUGGGUUACCUGCAGGACAGGUGUGGGGGCAGAGCCUCCGAGUCUGAGCUCCAGAGGAGGCACCAUCACGCCGUGCACCGCCGGGAUCUGCAGACGGUGCACCUCACCAAACAGGAGGCCAUGUUGGAAGUCAAAGACCUGCUGAAGCACUUGGAUGACAUGCUGUCCUCUGCCUGUCAGUCAGCAGAAGCUGUAUAUAAAGUCCUGUACUGGGACAACCACACCAAGUCAUCAAGGUUCUAUGGUGGCAUUAUAAUGGUGGUGUGCCUGCUCUAUUUUGCUCCUGUGGGUUGGGUGCUGGCCGGACUCAACAGCGCCAUCUUCCUGUGGAACCGAGACUUCUGCAGAGUUUUACUGGACAUCAGAAAGCUGUUCCACAUAGGCCCCGUCCAGGCCUCGGAGGGCGUGUGUGAGGAGCAGGAACUCGGCGGUGUGUUGGACCGGACCCCUACGCCAACAAGCCUGGAGGACCUUUCCCCUGGCAGUGUGGAGGAAGCUGAGGAGGCGGAGCCUGAUGAUGAAUUCAAGGAUGCCAUUGAGGAACAUUCAGUUUCCCUCCAGGAAACCCCCUUGGUCUUAGUGGAGGACGAUGAAGGGCCUCUCGUCCCGCCCGAGUUUGACACCAUCUCCGAAAACGGCCUUUUGAGCCGCAACGAACCGAUACGCAGCAAAGUGUCCAAACUGACGGAGAAGCUGCGUAAACGCUACCCCACCACCAGCACAGGAAAUUGCUCAAGCUGCACUGCUGUCUUCUCUGUUUUGAAGAAAAGGAGGAACUGCAGUAACUGUGGCAACAGCUUCUGCUCUCGAUGCUGUUCCUUCAAGGUGCCCAGAUCUUGCAUGGGAGCAACAGCUCCAGAGGCGCAGAGAGAGACCGUCUUUGUUUGCGCUGCCUGCAAUUCUGCUCUCAUCAAGUUACAAUGAGGCGGCGCGUACACAACCAGCAGGAGACGGUUCGUCGUUAUCACCGAACCCCAACCAACAUGCCAGGCUCUUAGAUCUAUCCAAACACCUCCCAUGUGCAAUUCCAGAGCCCCUCUGCCUUUCCUGCCCAGCCUCUUCUAAUGUUGAUGGGAUUCUUUCUGUAAUGUGUUUGGUGUUUUUGGUUUCACUUGUUCAAAAGGACUGGACCUUAUUAAUCAAUGAGAUUUUGUACAGAGCACAAUGACUCUAUGAUCACAGGACCGACUUCCUUCCCUCUCAGUGUCGGAGGCUCGGACGGAGUCUGUGGUGUAGGGAGACACAAAAAGGCUUCAUGGAUGUUGAUGGUUUUUAAUGAUUCUUCUUGGUUUUUUUUUCUUUUUCUUUUGCCCAACCACAAAGACGGAUUCACUUGAAUGGUGAUGUCUUCGGCACUGUGUAGCAGAUUGUCUGUACUGUAAUGCUGAGAGGACUUCAUGAACAAAACUAAGGCACAGUUUUUAGAUUCAUUUAAGUAACGGUGCGGGGAAAAUGGCUGGAAGUGCCCAUGAAUUUUAACUGUGUUCAAGUGAACAAAAUAAUGGAUGUACGGACAAAGUAAAUCAUGCUUUUUCCCCUUGGAGAGCUAAAACUGUUAAAACAUUUGCACAGGAUGGUUUGUGCACUUUCCGCCGCCGGCGUCAGACGUGUCAUGUGACGACAAAGACCACCACCUCCAGGAGCAGGCGAGUCUCCGCUCACACGAGCAGUUUGUGUAAGCUAUUUUUAUUUUCGGUGAUACCUGAAGAGUUUUUAUUGACGCGCCCACCAGUUAAAACGGCUCAAACCACACAGGAAGCAGACUCCUCACUGAGGAUGGGCGUCUUCCCGUGAGUCACAUGACGCUUUUGACAAAGGUGAGAACUGAGGAUUUUUGAAACGAUGCGUUUUGCAGACCCGCUUUGCUCUUGUAACAAAUUGCUGCUUCAUUGUUUGUCGUGUUUUGUUUUGUUUUGUUUUUUUUUGUUUUGUUUUUUUGUGUAGACCUGUCAAAUAAGCUGUUUUGGAGUAUUACCGUAGCCAGAAGUCCCAGGAGUCCAUGUUGUUGUUUUUUCUGUAACUGGAUCAAAGUCAACAUGACUGGAUUAAACCAGCUGAUGUAUCAGAACCUCACACUCUUCCAAGCAGGACUUGACUUGAAGAAUUGUUGAGGAUGUUGUUUUAAUCAUAAAUUCAGACACAGAUGAUUGUAACUGUUUGCUUUGCUUUUAUUGUAAUCAUAUA